AUGGAUAUACCAAGUGACAUCUUUCAGUCACGAUUAUAUAGACUCAAUCGUGUGCUACUCUCGUUACUGGGUCAUUGGCCAUUUCAGAGGGACAGAGACAGACGAGCUAUCUUCGUUACCGUGUCGUUUAUUGGCAUAACGCAAGCGAUCGCGCAGACACUUGCCUUGGUGACGUUACGUGGCGAACUGAACGCGACGCUCGAAUGUAUACCGCCCCUCAUAGUAGACUGCGCUUGCAUCGUCAAGCUAUUGAACCUGAUGAACAAUAUGCAGAAGAGGGACUGGCAAAUGUGGGCCAUCGAAAGCGAGUUCGAAAUUCUGCGUAAAUUUGCCGAGAACGGCAGAAGCAUCACGAUCGGCUACGCUGGCGGUAUGUACGCGUUCGGCAGUCUCUUUCCGGUUGCGGCGAUAAUUCCGAAAAUAAUCGGCACAAGCGACGCAGCUUUCAACUAUUCGACGCGGCCGUUGGGAUUUCCGUAUCACGUGGAAUAUUACGUUGAUCUCGAAAAAUAUUAUUAUCCCGUGCUGAUGCACAAUUAUCUGGCCACUGCCAUUCGCCUUACCAUCAUAGUCGCGUCCGAUACUUGCGUGGCUGUUCUGGUGCAACACUGUUGCGCAUUGUUUUCAAUUGUCAGAUUUCGACUCGAGUACAUACGAAAGUCCAUCAAACAGGAUCAAGAACUCGCCUCGCUCGAAGAAGACGACAAGUUUUACAAGAACUUUGUAUAUUGCAUUCAAAAACACGAGGACGCUUUACGAUUCGCGAACAGCUUGGAAAAAGUUUACACGAAAGCGUUCUUUAUCGAGAUCGGCUUGAUUAUAAUAGCUAUGAGUUUGUCAGCUCUACAGGCAACACUUGGUGAUUCUCUGGAUCUACAUCUCGCUGUUCGUCACGGCGGCUACAUAAUUGCUCAAUUAUUACAUUUGUACAUCGCCUGCUGGCUGGGGCAACAAAUAAUCGAUCAUAGCGAACAAGUGUACACGUCAAUUUACCGAGGCGAAUGGUACGAAUCGUCGCCGAAGGCUAGGAAACUCUUGAACAUGAUAAUGCUGAGAAGCAUCACGCCCUGUUCACUGACUGUUGGAAAAAUUAUGGUGCUUUCUCUUCCGAGUUUCAGCGCGGUCGUACGUGCAUCUGCUUCGUAUUUCACUGUUUUUCGGUCUGUACAGUAA